AUGGAUGAGAAUGAUCGUCCACCAGAACCAAUUGUAAGCGAUUAUGUUGAAUUAGGGACAUUACUCAUUUUAUUUAUUAUUGGUGGACCGUUAAAUCUCGCAGCACACACCCAGAUCACAGAACGACCAACAGCUACACGUCUUGAUAUUUUAAAGCGACAUUUGAAUUAUUCUGAUUUACUUGUACUGUUUAUAUAUGUACCAUCACGAGUGUCAUCAAAUGUAAUUGUUUGUAUUGCAAUUGAUCGUUUAUUGUCAGUAAUGUCAUCAAAACAUCAUUCACCGGAAAAAGCUCAGCGAAGGACUCGAGCUAUGCUUAUGAUAGCAUGGAUUGCUGCUGCUAUCAUCAGCACACCGCAGUUUGUUGUGUGGAAAACAUUUCUUGCAUUUGAGGAACUUAAUUGGAGUCAGUGUAUGCAAAUCUGGGAGAUAAUCCGUGUUGAGCAAGCCAUGAAAAAUGGUAGUGUUGGAACAUCGCGUCAAUUGAUGGAACAAGAAAAUAUUUAUGUUAUUGUUCAUAUGAUGUUGAUUUUUUGGGUUCCAGCAACUAUCGUUCUGUUGUGUUAUCUAAUUGUAUCCUGCUGGGUUUACCUGAAUUCACAGCCCACAACAAAUACAGUAAUGUGUUCGCGUAAUUUAAGCCACUUAAAUGUUUCCGGCUGCGAAAACAAUAAGCGAUGUAUAAAGAAUCAACAGUCUUCUGGUUGGAAGCCCUUAAAAUCGACACUAAAGAAAGGAAAGGAUGGAAAUACAUCAUCGCUAUUAAGGCCGAAUCGACGUAUCGUUAUUAGUGAUAAUCAGACUGUUAGUAAUCAGCCAAUAAUGAAACAAGGGAACAUUGCUAUUACCGAUCACAGUUCAGGUGGUUAUGUUAUCAAUUACCGGUCGUGCAACACCAAAAUUAUAAGAAGUCGAGCGAUUAGAGUAAGUUUUCAACUGGUAGCUGCUUAUAUAAUAUGCUGGCUACCAUAUAAUGGGCUUAGUUUGUAUCAUUUUAUUGAUCCUCAAGGAUUUGUUGAGGCACAUGCUAAUAAGGUGUAUUGCUUGCACAGUAUUAUGGUUUUCAAUGCAGUAAUCAAUCCAUAUCUUUAUGGACUGUUUGGAAAUUUCCUAUCACGAAGGCGAAGUGAUUUAGACUGA